AUGUCAGAGACGGAGGCGCGGUUAUCACCUUGGGGCCAAAAAGGCGUGAAGUCCAUUCCUGCUCCCUGGAAGAUCGAUGUUUGUCUGGAGCCAUUCCGCGCGAACAUUUGCAAGUCCUUCGUACUCCGGGUGAAAGACUUCCUUUUGUCCUAUUUGAAUCAUGGCCAGAAAGCAGCUGAAAAGAACACGAUUUUGCCGUGUACCAUCGUGGACCCUUCCUGCAUGCGCAUUCAUGAAGAUUGCUCAGAUAUGUUUUUCGGUGCAUGUGCCUUGUACUCAGAUGAUGAUGAUGUAUGA